AUGUUGCAUCGGACUGGGAGGUCUGCCGUCUCAGUGCGGUUGAACUCUACCUUGGCAGAAAAGUUACGAGCCGUGGUCUCCGUAGAUGCUUCAGACAAAAGAUCCAGCAGCGAAAGGAGUAGCCAUGAAGCAGCUGACACUCCGGCAUCGUCGUUCAAUGAAAUGUAUGUAAUGCCCAAGAGGAAGCUUCGUGGACAGUUGCUGAUAGAACAAGCUACUGGACGGAAGAGUUUUGAACAACGUAGUCGACCUGACAUUCAUGAUCGUCUGGCUGUUCGAAGACCAAGAUGUGAAGAAAUGUCCACUGAUCAAGCAAGUUUUUUCCACAAGUUUAUUCAAUCCAAUUUCAAUCAAACGAUUGGCCAGCAGUCUGGCCUGCAGCACGAACUUUCGCGUCUCGGUCGGUGGACCAACGCUCCCAAGUUUUGCACAGAAUUCCCAUCAGAAUUGAUAUCGGACAAAAACUUGGCUAGCUCGGAAUUUCCUUUGCGAAUCUUCUAUAACACCUAUGUUCACCAAGGAGUUAACAUUCGAGAUAAUCGUGCACGGGUGAUUACACUACAGGUGAAGCUUUCAGCCCUUUCGUUGUCUACCCAUGCUAGAGAGAAACUUAUUCGCCUCGCAACGAAUCGAUACGAUGAGAAAACGGACGUGUUGACCAUCAUUACGGACAGGUGUCAUACAAGAAAACAGAAUCUAGAUUAUGCCUUCUAUCUCCUUACGGCAAUCUUCCACGAAGCUAAUAAAGUAGAGCCAUGGGAAGCCUUGAAAGAAAGAGCUGAUAGCCUCAAGGUCGAGUUUGAAGGCUCAGAAACCCAAAAGAAAUUGAUAUCUGUGCUGAAGCAGGUUAUAUCACAUGAAGUUCUUGAGUCACCUUUGAAAACACGCGUAAAUUCUGCAUCUGAGGACGAAAUUAGCAAUGACCCUGAUGUAAAAGAAUUCGAGCAAAUGUGGAAUAACUACGUCAAUACUGAAGAGACUCCAGAGUCGACAAGAGAAUAUGCUAAAAGUAUAAAAGCUCUCUUCGGGAUCAAACCCCCUACAGAACAUCGAGUUUAA